UUUCAGAGCGCGAUGGCCGUCUCCGCGGGGCAAGCACGUGUUGCCUUCAUUCGUUUCUAUAAACACACACAUUACGUGGUCAGCGGUGGCUUCUUAAUCAAAUCAUUUACAAACCAGUGUCGAUGGUCUUCGAAUAGUUCGACGACUGCUUGGCAAAAACGUAGUAAACAUGGAGAAAUAGAUGUGGACAUCGGGAUGAGGAAAUUAAAAAUAACUACGGGUAAAUUUGCCAGAUUUGCAGAUGGCGCUGCAAUGGUUGAGCUUGGUGGCACAGCGGUACUAGUAACAGCAGUGUGUUCAGAAAAGGUCUCAUCUUCUGGAUUUAUGCCACUAACAGUGGAUUUCCGACAGAAAGCUGCAGCAGCUGGUCGUAUACCUACCAAUUAUUUACGAAGGGAAAUUGGUAGCACGCAACACGAGAUUUUAACAAGUAGAAUGAUAGAUCGUUCCCUCCGACCAUUAUUUCCUCAAGGAUUUUGCAAUGAAACUCAGCUGAUGUGUAAUUUACUGUCAGUUGAUGGGGAUAACAAUCCCGAUGUCCUUAGCAUUAAUGCAGCUUCUGCAGCUUUGAGUCUUUCAAGUAUUCCAUGGAAUGGACCAGUUGGUGCUGUUCGUGUCGGGUUAGUAAAUGAUGAAGUUACUAUCAACCCCACCAGACGACAAGUUUCUGAAAGUACUCUUAAUCUGAUAGUAGCCUGUAUAGAUCAAUACAAAGUUGUGAUGCUGGAAUCAAGUUCUGACAAUAUUCUGCAACAGGAUUUUAUGCGUGCCAUAAAACAGGGUGUGAAAGAAACCCAGCUUAUUAUCCAAGCUAUUAAAGAUUUACAGAAGCACCAUGGGUGUGAGAAGAGGCAAUUUACUCCACCAUCAGCAUUAGAAGAGGAUAUUUUAGAGGCCAUCAAAAGUAUGUCUAACCUACGGAUUAAAGAAGUUUUUCAAGAUCCCAGGCAUGACAAAAUAUCACGAGAUGAAGCUAUCAGUGUAAUUAGAAGUGAUGUUCUGGAGAAAGUGAAAGAAACAUACCCUGAUACUGAACAGGGUGCUCUGGUGCAGUCUUUUGGUGCUAUAUGCAAGGAGAUCUUUAGAAAUCAAAUUCUUGACACAAAUACAAGGUGUGAUGGCCGAGGUUUGACUGACGUCAGAGAUAUCCAUUGUCAAGUUAAUUUGUUUCAACCAUUGCAUGGAUCAGCUUUAUUUCAACGAGGUCAAACACAGGUGUUCUGUACAGUAGCUUUUGACUCAUUGGAAUCAGCCAUGAAAUUGGAUCCAGCUUCCGAUAUUAAAGAUAAGAACUUCAUGUUGCAUUAUGAGUUUCCACCAUAUGCCACGAAUGAAACUGGUCGGCUAUCUAGCAUUGGAAGACGAGAAAUCGGACAUGGUUACUUGGCUGAAAAAGGGUUACAGGCUAUCAUACCGGAAGAAUACCCCUUUACCAUACGUCUUACCUCAGAAGUCUUGGAGUCAAAUGGUUCCUCUUCUAUGGCUUCUGUAUGUGGUGGCAGCCUUGCACUAAUGGAUGCCGGUGUACCAAUUAAGGAACCCGUGGCUGGAGUCGCAAUGGGUCUUGUCGCAAGGAUAAAUGAAGCAAAAUCCAAUGUAAUUGAAGAUUAUAGGAUCAUGACAGAUAUUUUGGGUAUUGAAGACUACAUGGGUGACAUGGACUUCAAGUUAGCUGGUACAAGGAAAGGAAUUACUGCUCUACAGGUAAUAUUCCGUUUCUGCGCUCAGCAUGACUUUUCUCAGUUGUAUCUUCUCGUUGUUUCUUCUGUCAUGACAAAACUAUUCUUUACUUAUAAACACAUUGCUAAUGCCAUGUUGUCUCCUAAGUGA